AUGCGGGGUGCAAAACCUUGGGGGUACUUCGGCCUUUCCAAUUCUGUUGGGAUCUCGGGGCCAUCUGCCUUCAUGCUCGUGAGCGGCGCGCCAGCAGGUCAGGAGCAAUGCCUUGUAGCAGCUGGUGGUGGUGUGGAGGCAAAGCCCUGUGUUGAUACAAUUGUGGCUGGCAAUGGCGCUGAGGUUUUCUCGAGCAGCGCAGAAGGGCAGCUACAGGCAUUGGGUGGGAGCUGCUUGGGAGUUGUCAAUGGCAAGGUGUCCAUGGUCGAAUGCCAACAAGGGCAAGGAAGUUGGGUCGUCAGCCAAGACGGGCAGGUCAAGCAAGGAAACACCUGUUUGGUGGUGGCUGGGUCGGCGGUUGCAGCCACUGACUGCGACGACGCCGCGAGCACGGGUGGCGACAAGUUCUUCCAAGUAGUCGUUCCAGAGCAUGACCCAGCAGCCGUGCUCGCAGUGCAGGAGAUGGGAGCAUUGCUGCGUGCUAGCGUUCAGAGGCAGCGAAGUCUAGUGGAGCCUGUGAGCCUUGCCACCAGCAAAACUUGGCCAGCCCUCGUGCAGUUAGAGAGAUUCGCGUCAUCUGUUGGGCGUGCAGACCUGGCCGGGUCGCUGCCAGUGAAGGUCGCCGACAAGUUUGGCCCUGGCAGGGCCGCGCUCGCGGCAGUGCUCGCCGCGUCCUCGGACACCCUGAAGCUUGUUGCCUCCAAGGUAUAG